CCACAGCAACAACAAUGGCGGACGACGGAGAGAAACCGAAAAGCAAACGUCUAUUUAUUAAUCAUGUAGAUUGUUAUGAGGGGCGCAACAUUGCCAAGUUCCUCAGCAGUUGCGUGGUGGGAGCAUCUUUGGAGGAAAUGGAAGAGGAGGAAGAAGAUGCCAGGUCAGUGGAUAGUGCUACUCUGGCAAGACCCAAGGAGGGCUGUUAUGAAAUCAUUGGAACACUCAAGAACAAGGAAGCUAAAAAGCCAGAUUUUGUGAAAGAAAUUAUUUACUAUGAAACUAAGGAGCAGCUGUAUGAACAUUUAGUUGAAUGUGACAUCAUUGUUUAUGACAUCACAGAAGACCCAGAUCAGAUUGAUGAGGCUACAUGGGCUGUGUCUGAAAUACAUUCUGACCUAGAAAAGAUAGAUAAACAAAUACUGUUUUUGCUAAUAUCAACUGUGAUGACAUGGGCAAGAAGCAAACCUCUGGACCCUGAUGAUCCAGAGAUACCUUUCACAGAGGAUGACUACAGGCGGAGAAAACCACACCCCAACUUCAAAGAGCACAUUAGUGCUGAGAAAACUGUUAUCAAACUUGGCAAAACAAACAAACAAAAACUUGUGACAUAUGUUGUUGCUUCUGGUCUGACAUAUGGAGGAGGAGAAAAUAUUUUCCAUUAUCUAUUCAAGGCUGCCUGGCAUAAUGCAUCACAACUCCAGUGCUUUGGACCAGGAGGAAAUGUCGUGCCUACUAUACACAUCAAAGAUCUGGCUGGUGUUAUCCAGAAUGUUGUUGAUAGUCGCCCAAAAGUGCGAUAUAUUGUUGCUGUGGAUGAUUCUCAAACCACACUGGAAGAAAUUGUCAAAGCUGUCAGCAUUAACUUGGGAACUGGAAAAAUCAAGCACAUUAGUAAAGAAGAGGCUCUUCUCAGCAAAGAUAUUGAGCAAGCAGACUUUGACAUGCUAUUGGUGAACCUUCGCAUGGAUGCUGUUUAUGUGAAAGAGAACAUGAGAAUUCGCUGGGUAGCAGAGACUGGUUUGAUGGAAAAUGUCAUCCCAGUAAUCAAGGAGUACAAAGAGAGUAGAGGAUUAAUGCCUAUGAGAGCAUGUGUCCUGGGGCCCCCAGCUUCUGGAAAGACAACGAUAGUGAAAGAACUGUGUGACAGCUACAAAUUGCAUCAUAUAAAAAUCAAAGAUGUGAUUGAGGAGGCAAUGGAUGCAUUGACAAAAAGUGCUGCCCGUGCAAACCAGGAGCCUGAAGGUGAAGAAGAGGAUGAUGGGAAGGCACAGGAGGAUCAAGAACUGUUGGAUGCCAUAAACGAAGGCAAAGAACAGAACAAUGGCAGAAUUGAAGACCAGUAUGUCAUUAAGUUUUUCAAACAAAAAUUGCAUUCCAUGCCCUGUCAGAACCAAGGGUUCAUCUUGGAUGGAUUUCCUAAAACUAGAGAACAGGCAACAGAGCUUUUUGCAGCUGAAGAUGAAGAGGAGGCAGAAGAAGAGAGCAAGGGGAGCUUUGACAAGGCAAUCAUGCCAGAGGUGGUUGUGUGCUUAGAUGCCACAGAUGAAUUCCUACGUGCUCGUGUGAUGAACUUGCCAGAGAGCGUGGUUGCAGGCACGCACAACACUGAAGAGGGCUUGAUGAGAAGGCUGACUGAAUACAGAGCAAUCAAUGGUGAAGAUGAAACAGUGCUGAAUUAUUUUGAUGAGUUGGAGAUUCACCCUGAUAAAAUUGAUGUGACAAAAGAUAGCUCUAAAAUGAUGGCAGAUACAGUAGAAAAAGUGAAGAAAAUGAUGGGGCCUCCAAGAAACUAUGGCCCCACUGCAGAAGAGCUUGCUGAAAUGAGACAGAAAGAAGAGGAGGCUCAUAUAAAACGAGAAGCUGAGGAAAAAGCCGAGAAAGAGAGGAAAGAAGCUGAGGAAGCCGCAGAGAGGAAAAGACGACAGGAUGAAUGGGCUGAAAGAUUAGAUCAGGUGAAAAGAGAGGAAUAUGACAUGCUGGAGACUCAAUCUCAACCCCUGAGGAACUAUUUGAUGAAGCAUGUGAUGCCCACACUCACACAAGCUCUUAUUGACUGUGUCAAAGUCAGGCCAGAUGACGCUAUAGAUUACAUGGCGGAGUACCUUUUCCAGCAUAAUCCUCAAGUGGACUAAACAACCAUGCAUCACUGAAGAUGGAGCCAAAUUGACAGUGGAUUUUGUAUGGACUUUUUUUAUGAAUUUUAAAAGCAUAUGAAAAGAAUUAAUUUGGAUCAUCCAACUCAUUUUUUACAUUAAAUUAUGUCAAAGAGGAGAGUUUGCAUUCCUGAUAUGUAAGAACAAUAUUGUAAAGCUCACUCAUAUAUAUAUAAUGUACAGAAAUAAAUAGUAUUUGUCUUUUUGUA